CCUAAAAAAAAAGGAAAGAAGGGCAAAGCCAAAGGCACCCCGAUUGUUGAUGGGGUUGCUCCAGAGGACAUGAGCAAGGAGCAGGUGGAGGAGCACAUCAGCCGCAUCCGAGAGGAGCUGGACCGGGAGCGUGAGGAGCGCAACUACUUCCAGCUGGAGCGGGACAAGAUUCACACGUUUUGGGAGAUCACGCGGCGGCAGCUGGAGGAGAAGAAAGCUGAGUUGCGCAACAAGGAUCGCGAGAUGGAGGAGGCGGAGGAGCGGCACCAAGUGGAGAUCAAGGUGUACAAGCAGAAGGUAAAGCACCUGCUGUACGAGCACCAGAACAACCUGACGGAGAUGAAGGCGGAGGGCACUGUGGUCAUGAAGCUGGCGCAGAAGGAGCACCGCACGCAGGAGGGCGCGCUGCGCAAGGAUAUGCGCGCACUGAAGGUGGAGCUCAAGGAGCAGGAGCUGGCCAGCGAGGUGGUGGUGAAGAGCCUGCGGCUGAAACAUGCCGAGGAGAUCACUAAGAUGCGCAGUGACUUUGAGAGACAAGUUCGAGAAAUCGAGGUCAAGUACGAUAAAAAGAUGAAGAUGUUGAGGGACGAGAUGGACCUGCGGAGAAAGACGGAGAUCCACGAGGUGGAGGAGAGGAAGAGUGGGCAGAUCCACACACUGAUGCAGCGACAUGAGGAGGCCUUCACUGACAUCAAGAACUACUACAAUGACAUCACCCUCAACAACCUGGCCCUUAUCAACUCGCUCAAGGAGCAGAUGGAGGACAUGCGGAAGAAGGAGGACCACCUGGAGAAGGAGAUGGCAGAGGUGACCAUGCAGAACAAGCGCCUGGCAGACCCGCUGCAGCGGGCACGCGAAGACAUGAGUGACAUGCAGAGGAAGCUCACAUACUACGAGCGCGACAAGCAGAUCUUGAUGUGCACAAAAGCUCGUCUGAAAGUCACUGAGAAGGAGUUAAAAGACCUGCAAUGGGAGCAUGAGGUGUUGGAGCAGCGGUUUGUGAAGGUGCAGCAGGAGCGGGACCAGCUCUACCAGAAGUUCACGGCAGCCAUCCAGGAGGUGCAGCAGAAGACAGGCUUCAGAAACCUGGUCCUGGAGCGGAAGCUGCAGGCUCUGAGUGCCGUUGUGGAGCAGAAAGAGGCACAGCUUAACGAGGUGUUGGCCUCCUCCAACCUGGACCCUGCAGCCCUGACCAUUGUGUCCCGAAAGCUUGAGGAUGUCCUGGAAUCGAAAAACAGCACCAUCAAGGACCUUCAGUAUGAGCUGGCCCGAGUCUGCAAGGCGCACAGUGACCUCCUGCGGACCUAUGAGGCAAAGCUCCUGGCCUUUGGGAUCCCCCUGGACAACGUGGGCUUCAGGCCCCUGGAGACAGCCAUCAUCGGACAGACGCUGGGCCAGGGUCCUGCUGGGCUGGUGGCCACCCCCACGUAGCCAUCCAGGGCCCUGUGUGUUCAGCCC